AUGGAGAGGGAAUAGAAUGUUGAGAAUAAUGGGACUAGUUUCAGUUUAGUGAAAGAUUGUAUAUAAUCUAAGGAUAUUUAAGUUUUGAGAAAAAGGGGUCAAAGAGGACCUACGUUGAUAAUGAAAGCAUAAGAUGGUUAAAAGAUGGGAGGCGGGAUACAAUUAUAACAUUCUGGUAGUCAAAACAAUAUUCAAAAUUAGAGUAACAGAAAUUUACCACCUAUUGUUGUUUAUUAGGCAGAAGAGAGUGUUCAUUCUAAUAAUUUAAAGGAUGACUCAUUUUUUGAUAAAAAUUAAACGAAUCUUCUUCAUGAUCUAUCAUAAAAAUUAAGAAGAGAUCUCUAUAUUGAAAUAUUAGAUGAAGCACCAGAUUAUGAAAUUGAAAUUGAAAAAAUAUAAUUUGAUGAAGAUGAACAAUUUCAAAGUGAAGAUUUAUAGUUAGAAAAAACUAAAUUCUAUUUAGAUUUCAAACAUAAUUAAAAAGAACUCGCAUAAGAAUUCAUGGAUUAGAAAGAGGGUAUAAAUAUAGUAUUUAUGCUUUCUCUACAUUUCAUUUAGUUCAUAUCGAAGACUGUUACACUAUUGUAUUUGUAAGAUUAAUAGAAUUGGGUUCUAGUAUUUGUAAUUCGAUUUAUAGUUUCCAUCUUGUUAUUGACUUUGGCUAUUUUACAACACAAAAAGUUAAAGCAUAGAUUUUAUAAAUAUUAAUACUUUUUAAUAACUUACUUUGGCAUAUUAAUUAGUAUUCUUGUAGAAUUCCUUUUGAUGCCUGAGAAGUCAGUGGAGUUAUAAGCAGCAGAAGGAAUUCUAUUAAUUUGUUUCUUCUGCUCACUUUCAAUUAUCAAGAUUAAAUACAAGGUUUAUUUUAAUCUUUGUCUUUUUAUCGCAUAAUUAUUAAUAGUAUUGAUUCAUUAUAAGGAUGGUGCCAUUGCAUAUUACACUAUUUUUUAAAGUUGCAUGAUGUUUAUAGUUCAAUAUCAUUUAUUUUUCUAGGAUUUAGGUACUUUCAAUAAUAAAAGAUCUUUAGAACUAAAAAAAUUAUAAACUUAAAAUCUAGUGAAGUAUCUAUUACCUACUCAUAUAUUAAAACAAUUCUUAUCUAAUAGUAAUUAAAGAAUGGUCUUAGUAGAUCAAUUUGAAGAAGCUACUCUAUUAUUUGCAGAUAUAGCUGGUUUCACUGAAUACUCAAGUAGAGUAGAACCUGAAUAAGUUGUGAAUAUGUUGAGGAAUUUAUUUACUGAAUUCGACAAAAUAUGUUUAACACAAAAUGCUUAUAAACUAUAUACAAUUGGAGAUUGUUAUGUUGCAUUCGGCAUUGUGGAUGUUACAUAAAGAAAUCCAGCUCAAGAAGCCAAAAAUGUUGUUGAAUUAGGAUUUAAAAUGAUAGAAAUUAUUAGAUAAGUGAGAUCAAUUAUCUAAUUUGAUGGAUUAGACAUGAGGAUUGGAAUACAUACAGUAUUUAUCAUAUUCAAUAUUAGGGUAAAGUGAUUGGAGGAAUCUUGGGAACUGAAAUUGUAAGAUAUGAUGUUUAUGGGGCUGAUGUUAUGAUUUCUAAUAAAAUGGAGUCUAAUGGAGAAAGAGGAAAAGUCUAAGUCUCUGAAGAAACUAAGUAAUUACUAGAACAAUCAUAUCCAGAUCAGUUUUUAUUUACAUUCAAUAAAGAAGUAGAAUUUAAAUCCAUCAGUCGAAAAACUUAAGGAUACUUUAUUGAUCCAAUAAAAAAUGAUAGCAAUCAAGAUUUUCAUGAUAUGAAUCACUUCUAAUUUGUAAACGAUCUAGAACAAUAUCAAAAUACUCCAUAAAAAUGA